CUUUCUUAGUGACGCGUUUUGCCUUAGCCUCUGACCGCUUAAGCCUUUACGACUACCAACAUGAGGAUAUCUGUCGGUCUUGUCCUUUUUCUCACGGCAGCCUCUGCCUACGCCGCUGUUGCUAAUUUAACCGCGUGUACAAAGGCCUUACGCCUCGCGUUGAAGACUGCAACCAAGGGAACUUCCUUCAUUCAAUGCAAGUCGGAUCCUGAGGGAAGUGUGGCCUGGACUGCCCUCGCAGAUAAUCCUGACUGCAAAGACUACAUGUUCCUUACCUCAAAACCCCAGUGCGAAAUUGCCGCAGCUCCCCUCAUGAAAUGUGUAGCGGGAAAACUUGGAUACUUGAACGAUGAUGGCUCUAUCAGCGGCACGAAGUUCAUAUCUAAGUUCAAGUCUUACGUCACCAGCAAACCUGGCUGCGACGCAGCUCAGUACGACUUCGGGGUGAAAAAAUGUGGCCCUAAAAUCACAAACUACACGUUCCUAAAGAAGGCUGCAUGCAUCGUCCUCUUUAUGAACGAGUACUCUGGCUGACCUGCGCAAUCCGGUCCUGAUUCCUUCAUCUGAUUGGCGGCUUUGAAAUGUUCACAACAGGUUGAAAAAGUUUCGGAACACUUCAACAAUGGAUUUUUUUUUAUUAUUUCACCCAAGCUGUGCGAAAUAUAUUA